AUGGCCAGCGCGGCCGCCGAGGUCGCCCUGCUCACGCUCGCUCCCAUUGGUGCUUGCCAUGUGGUGGAGGAUGCCCAAUACGGAGAUCUUCCCUAUAGAAGACCUCCAAACAGUGUUUUGUUGGCGGUGUGCCAUGCCUUAGAGAACACAACAUCAGCCUUGAGGGGUCCCCCGGUGGCAGCUGCAGUGAGGUCCCAUUUUAACAACUGUCCAGAUGCCCACAGUACAUUUUGUUUCCACGGGACUUGCAGAUUCCUGGUGCAAGAAGAAGAACCUACUUGUGUGUGCCAUUCUGGCUACAUGGGUGCCCGCUGCGAGCAUGCCGAUCUCCUGGCAGUGGUGGCUGCCGCCCAGAAGAAACAAACCAUAACCGCCUUGGUGGUGGUUUCCAUCGUCGCCUCCAUUGUCGUUAUCAUGGUCUGUGUCCUGAUACAUUGCUGCAGGAUACGGAAGCCCUGCGAGUGGUGUAGGACGAUCGUCUGCAGGCAUGAGAAACCCACCGGGCUCCUGAAGGGGGCCACGUCUUGCUGCCACUCAGAGACAGUUGUCUGACAGAAAUCAGGUCUCCUGCAAUUCCACGGAUGGCAACAGCACAGAGCUCUGCCUGGGAGGUCUACAAUAUUCUGAGAAAAACUUUAAUAUGGACAAGACAGUUUCCAGGGGUUUAACCCGAAAGCCAAUUUAGUGCAACUUUUGAGGCCUUCUCCUAAUCUUCCACCAUAAUGCUGGUCGUCCAGAACUUUGCUAAAGGAGCAGCACGGUCGCUGUAGCUUCUGUGUUGUUUGUGACAACCAGAAAAUCUCCAAGACUCCUUUUUAGUCGAAAUAGAGAACAGUGACAAUUGGCAGCUUUAUAUUUACUUUAAGCACCAAAGGACAAGCUUGUUCAAGAAAGGGAAUGUAUCUGGUUUGUCUCGGAAAAGAUUUAACGGAGACCUGAUCCAACGUAACCCGAAGGGCUGGCUUUGAUUUGCACAUCUGUUACGUCUUUGACUCCUCUCCAAUGGAAGGAUGCUCCGUGUUAGGCCUUUGGGAGUAGGACCACCCUCCCUGUGAGCAUUCAGCUGCAAGUGUUCUUUGAGUGGAAAGACACCAAGACCAGGAGACUUCCCAAAGUGUCUGUGUUGGUAGUAUCCUGCUUGGGGAAGCAGAAA